AUGGCCAUGCGCGCGCCCGUCAUGAUGGUGGCCGCAGCGCCUGCAAGGCCCAUGGUGAUGGCCUCGUCGGGCACCGGCGGCGGCAACAUCAGCAAGCGGAUGGGCCGCAGCGGCACCGGCGUGUUCCUGCCGUGGACGGUCGGGCCGAAGCGGUACAACAAGCACCUUCCGCCGCGCAUCCAGAAGCGCCGGUUCUCGGCGAUGAUGUCGCCCAUCGAGGCACAGGGCUGA